UUGUCUCUUUGACAGAUGGUGUUUCAAACAUACAUCAGCAGUUAGGAGUCAUAAUGGAGGGACAGGCUGACGGAUUUAAGAACCAGUGUCAAGUUUGCCGAAGGAUUUACCAAUCUUUAGCGCAUUUACGUAGACAUAUGAGAACACAUACCGGAGAAAGACCGUUUGCGUGUUACUUGUGUGAUAAAAGCUUCACGGAGAAGUGUAAUAUGAGAAGACAUAUGCUCAUGAUACAUGGGACUGCUUCUAAAGCAAUUUAUAUCAUUAUUAUUAUGUCUUUUACAGAAUCUCGUAAAAAGCAAGCAUGGUGUGAAAUUUGUUCAAAGACGUUGUACAGUCAGGCAGAUCUGAAGCGGCACAUGCGGACACAUACGGGAGAAAGACCGUUCCAGUGCGAUGCCUGUCCGAGGUCGUUCACACAGAAAGGGAGUCUAAGGAUACACAAAUACAACGUUCAUCAAGCCCAUAUAAUAUAAAUCUGUAACCUGUUUACUAAGUCGUGCAGUGGAUAAUAUUAGUUAUAAAAAAUUUUUGACAGGACUAUAUGGCUGUAAAUAAGGAGUACCGUGGUUUGCAUAUAAGCAGCCUGGGUUAUAAAUAAGAUUUUUUUGUACAGGUAAUAAAUUAUAUGGCUCUAAUAUAUAAACAGUGGUUUGCAUAGCAGCCUGGGUUAUAAAAAAGAUUUUUUUUGACAGGUAAUAUGGCUCUAAUAUAUAAACAGUGGUUUGCAUAGCAGUCUGGGUUAUAAUUAAGAUUUUUUUGGACAGGUAAUAUGGCUCUAAUAUAUAAACAGUGGUUUGCAUAGCAGCCUGGGUUAUAAUUAAGAUUUUUUGGACAGGUUAUAUGGCUCUAAUAUAUAAACAGUGGUUUGCAUAGCAGCCUGGGUUAUAUUGACAAGCAGCUAUUUAUAUGGCCAUAUAACCAGUCAGAAAUGUUAAUAACUAAUUUAUAAUACAGAAAUUUUCUUUAUUAUGGAAAAGAAGAAGAAAUAACUUUAUACUUUGAUAUCAACAAAGUCAGUGACAUUAAACCAUUUUAAGAAUCCUCAAAACUCUGCAAUUCUAUAAUCAGUAUUAGCUUCAUAUAUGAACUUCUAAAUUUAAGAAACUUUCAAAGUCCAAACUUUAUGGCUAGUUCUAUAGGUGGUCCAUUUUCAGAAGUUACACUGUAAUCUUUGUUAUUUUGACAUUUUUCUCCAUAAAAAAAGCCAUUUCUCAUUUAUAACCCAUACAUUGUGCUUAUAAUGACAAAAUUCUAAAAAAAGAAAUAAUUGCUGAUUUAUGACCUUUCACCCAACAGGAAACCCAUGGAAUGGAAAAAAAUCAGUAUUUAUUCUUAUAUUGAACCAUUAUAAUUAUUUGUACCUUUGAUGUGUUAUAAAUGUGUAUUUUGUUACAAUAAUAUGUGUUACAUUCACUGUAAUGAGUAUAGACUUUUUGGAAUUUUCACAAUUUAUAUGUUGAAUGUAUCAUGGCAGUUUCACAAUUUAUGUACAACAACAUUAACUUUUCUUGUUGUUGAAGUUUCACAAUAUGUUCAAAUUUUUACUUUUAAUUGAAGCUUUACAAUAUGUUCAAAUGUUUCGAUUGAUUGAAGCUUCACAAUAUGUUCAAAUGUUUUUAUAAAUUAAGGUUUCACAAUAUGUUCAAAUGUUUACUUUUAACUGAAGCUUCACAAAAUGUUCAAAUGUUUCUAUUAAUUAAAGUUUCACAAUAUUGUUUUCAUUGUUUAGAAAUAUCAUACUGUAUGUUUACCUUAAAAUUGAAUGUUUCACAUAAUGUAUUUUUACAGUAUUCAAAGCUUCACUACAUGAAUGUUUGGAAGUUUCACAAUAUUGUUUUGUUUACUUUUUUGUAAUUUUAACAGUCAGUAUUAAUUUUGAAUGUACAGAAGUUGUAUAAUACUAGUUUGUAGUUUCCCACAUAGAUGUUUCAUAAAUAUGUAUGUAGAUUUAUUGUAUUGAAGUUUCACAGUAUGUAAUGUAUGUUUAGCUUAAGAAAAUUUCCCUGUUUUGUAUUUGAGUUUCAGAAUAAUUAUGUAUGUUUACCACAUGCAAGUUUAAUUAUGUAGAUUUAUUUUAUUGAAGUUUCACAAUAUGUUUGUUUAUUGUAAGGAUGUUUCACUAUUUUGUUUUUGAGUUUCAUAGUAUGUAUGUUUACGACAUUGAAGUUUCAUUAUAUGUAGAUUUACUAUAUUGACGUUUCACAAUAUGUAUGUUUAAUUCUGACAGAGGUUUCACUGCUUGUAUGCAAUUUGUAUAAUUUAAGAAUAUGUAUGUUUAUCAAACGGAAGUUUUAUUAUACAUAUUUGUAGUUUACUGUAUUGAAGUUUCAAAGUAUGUAUGUUUAGUGUGUAAAGAUUUUGAGUUUCAGAAUAUGUAUGUGUCCAUAUUGAAGUUUCAUUCUUUGUAGAUUUAGUGCCACUACAUGUUUGCUUAGAGAUUUUAAAAAUGUGACUUUGUUUAAUAGUUAUUGAAGUUUCACUAUAUGUUUAAAUUCUCUAUGGAAGUUUCAUAAUACAUGUAUGUAUGUUUAGAAUUGUCCACUGUAAUUAAUUGUUUUAGUUUAGUUCCUUUGUUUCUUAGAGAAGGAAACCCAUAGAGAAUAUGAAUUUAUCAAUAAAGAA